AUGAAGGAGCAGCAUGCACAGAGGCAGAAGAGAGCAGGACGAACAGCAGUGAACAGAGGGAUCAAACCACUUGUGAGCCCCCAGGAACAGUCCAUGCUGCAGACUUUCCGUGUCCUUUCCCUGCAGGCCAGGCUGCAGCUGGGCUCGGAGGAGGUGACGCUGCAGUCCCCAGCAGAGCUGCAGCUCAACAACCUGGCAGUGCACGACGUGGAGCUGCUGGUGGAAGACGGCAGGAUGACGUUGACCAUCGAUGGAGUCUUUAACAGCUCCGUGGACAUCGCAGGGCCUGUACGGGAGCUGGACAUCCAAUACGGCCUCUACGCCGGGGAAGCCGCCCUCCCCGCCGGGGGGACGGGCACCCCCGCCCUGCCGUACCUCGCCGAGGCUAGCUCACCCUUCAGAGGUUGCCUGCAUUUGGUGAUAUUCAACGGCCUGGAUGUCCUCUCCCCCCUGUCCUCUGAUGGCAGCUCCAAGAUCUUCCAUCGGGUUCAGGAAGGGUGCACCAUGCAGUUCUCUGCGGAGCCCGAGGACCCCUUUGGGUUCCUGGGGCCACACUCCUACAUCAUGUUUCCCACGUGGGAUGCAAGGGAGGAAGCGACUAUCGAGUUUGUGAUAACGACGAGCAUCACCCAGGCACCCCUCAUCUACCAUGCAGGGCUGGAGAAUGACUUCUUCUACCUGGAGAUCUCCAAUGGGCGCCUGAGAGGGUUUGUUGAGAAGGGGAAUGGCAUCAUCGUCCUGCACAACAAUGUCUUCAUCAGCGAUGAGCAGCAGCACUAUGUCAAAGUCUACAUGGACAUCCACAAGUUUGAGAUACUGAUAGAUUACUACGCCUCAUCCACAUCCAACCGGGGCAUCAACAACUACCUGGACCUUCAGGGAAACCUCUUCAUCGGUGGUAUGAAUGAAAAAGCUCUGCAAAGGCUGAGGGAGCACCAUCUGGCUUUCAUCUCGGUGUGGACCAUGACCAACAACUCGUUUGUUGGCUGCUUGGAGGACUUGCGGAUAAACCUGCAGAGGAGGAGUCUGCAAGAUGCUGUGAUUACGAAGGACAUCACACCAGGCUGUGGAAAGCAGGAGCACUACUGGGACUACGAGGAGGUGUAUGAGCAGGAUGAGGCACUCACCUCCCCGCCUCCAGAUGCCUGGUCAGGAGCACCGGGCCUGGUGGCGGAACCAUGCCAGCCAGACAACAGCUUCCCGCCCGCCUUCACCAACAUCAGCAGGCUGCUGCACGUCAGCCCCCUCAUUGUCUCCGAAGGGGGCACGGCCUACCUGGAGUGGAAACACACCCAGCCAACCGUAGACUUGAGCCUUGCAAACAUCCGGCAGUCCCAAAUCCUCUUUAGCAUCACCAACGAUCCUAGGCACGGCCAGCUGGAGCUGGACAUCCCUGGGUCCAGGAGCAGAAGGAAGUUCACCUUGUUGGAUAUUGUGAAUCGGAAAGUCAGGUACGUCCACGAUGGCUCCGAGGGGCCCAUGGACCAGCUGAUGCUGGAGGUGACAGUGACUGCUCAGCAAGGAGUCCCCGAGUGCCUGCGGCAGGGGCAGACGUACCUGCUGCCCAUCAUGAUCAACCCUGUCAACGAUGCUCCACAGGUGAUCUUUCCCCAUGGAAACCACAUGACAAUCCUGAAGCACACACGAAAACACCUGACCACAGACAUCCUGCAGGUCCUAGAUGAUGACACGUCUUGUGACGACCUCGAAUUCCAGCUGCACGGUGGCCAGCAGAUAGAGGAGGGUUAUGUGGAGUAUGACUUCCACCCUGGAGUGCCCAUCGAAGAGUUCUCCUGCAGGGACCUGGAAGCAGGCAACAUAGUCUACGUGCACCAGAGCGGGACAAACUCACAGCUCACCUUGCAAGUGAGCGACGGCACGGUCCCAAGCCCGAUUGCCACCCUGAGGAUCCUCGCCAUCGACCCUGACAUCCGCCUGCACAACAACACCGGCCUCUUCAUCUCCCAAGGAGCGGCUGCGCACAUUACCACAGCCAACCUGUCAGUGGAGACAAAUGCCAUGAAACAACAGGUCGCCAUCCUGUAUGUCGUCACAGAGCCCCUGAGGUAUGGUGAGGUCCAGAAGCAAGGGAGCAUGGGAGGGGAGUGGAGAAAAGUCGAGUCCUUCCACCAGCAAGACCUGGAGCAAGGGCGCAUCCAGUAUUUUAGCACAGACCCGGAGCACCGGCUGGAAGACGUCAUGGAGAAGCUGAGAUUUGAAGUCCGGGUGGGGCAGAAGGUCUUGCAAAACAACACCUUUCUCAUAAGGAUUAAAAGAGCCACCAUUAAGAUGAGGACCAUGGUCCCCCUCCAGAUGAAGAACAAGCGGCACAGAAAUAUCACCAGUAAGGAGCUGGAGGCAAUGUUGGAAGAUCCAAACUCUGCCCCAGUCCCCUUCCACUACGUGAUAAUCCAGGCUCCCAAAAAGGGAAACUUGGAGCUGCUCGGCAACAGGCUGACUGAAGGCUUUGGAUUUACCCAAGACGACCUGCAAAGAAACCACCUCAGCUACAGCGCAACCAUCAGGAAUUCUCAGCAAGCCGAGGACAUCUUCCAGUUUCGUGUCCAUGCCAGCAAGCAGCACUCUCCCGUUUACACCUACACAAUCAGCAUCGGUGGGGACCCCGACGCGCCAGCUCUGACCAACGUCCUCCUGACUGUGCCAGAAGGAGGGCAAGCAGUCAUCUCCAAGGACCACUUGUUCGUACAGAGCAUGAACAGCAUGGACUACAUCUACGAAGUGAUUGAGGGGCCAGCACACGGGAGGCUGGCCUGGGCUGCGUCCCAUGGCUGGGCCUCCAGAGAAGAGAUCACAGAGUUCACCAACGAUGACAUCCUCCACCGCCGGCUGCUGUACCAGCAUGAUGACUCUGAGACGCUGGAGGACGACAUCCCCUUCGUAGCGACCAGGCAGGGCGAGGGCAGUGCUGAGCCUGAUGCGGAGGAGGUGAGAGGUGUUUUCAGGGUCUCCAUCCAACCCGUCAAUGACCACACCCCAGUCCAGGUGGUGAACAAGGUCUUCAAUGUGGUGCGCAACGGGCAGCACCUGCUGACGACAGAUGACAUCGCCUUCACCGACAAGGACUCUGGCUUCUCCGACACGCAGCUGGUGCUGGCGAGGAAGGACAUUCUGUUUGGCAGCAUUGUGUCCGUCGAUGACAGAAGCCACCAGGUCUAUCGGUUCACACAGGACGAUCUGAGGAAGAAGAAGAUCCUUUUUGUCCAUUCGGGGGCUGACCGGGGCUGGAUCCAGCUACAGGUCUCAGACGGCCUCCACCAAACCACGGCCCUCCUGGAAGUACAGGCGUCAGACCCCUACAUCAAAAUAGUAAACAACACCGGUCUAGUCAUCCACCAAGGGAGCCGAGGGAGCAUUGACUCUUCUGUCCUCAGCCUGGAGACCAACAUGGACAUCAGGUCAGACGAAGAGAUACGGUUUCUGAUAACGACCCCCCCAAAGUGGGGGACCGUGCUGAGAGGGGAGCAGCCGGUCAUGGCUUUCUCCCAGAGGGACCUGCUAGCAGGAGAGAUCUCUUACCGCCACAACGGGAGCAGGAACACCCAGGAUGAGCUCCAGUUCACCGCAGAAGCAAACGAGGUGGCAGUGGAGGACACACUGGCCAUCAGCGUGUUCUUGGACACCCAUCCCAGCCCCCUGUGCAUAGUCAAUCACAAGGAGAUCCACGUCUUCCAAGGCGAAGCGGCUGGGAUCAAGGAUGAGUACUUACUGGUGACCCAUGAAGAGAUCCCUCCCCAAGACAUAGUCUACCUGGUGAGCAGCCCCCCGGCCUCCGGUUUCCUGGCGAUGCUUCAGCACAGCCAAGACUCGAAUGAGCAGCCCAGCCUGGACCCCAUCCAGUCCUUCACCCAGGAGGACAUCAACAACGGCAGAGUCCUCUACCUCCACUCCAAGCCAGAGGACGAGCAUGACCAGUUUGUCGUGGACAUCACGGCCAGCGGUGCAGACCGGCUGGAGGGGGUGGUGGUGAACCUGGCCGUGCUCCCCAUCACCAUCCCCCUGGACGUCCACAACAUCACGGUGCCGGGAGGCGGCUCCGUCACCCUCUCCACAGGCAUCCUCAACAUCCCCAACGCCUACUUCACGUCUCUCGGCGUGGAGCUCAGGGUGCUCGAGCCCCCCCGGUCAGGCUGGGUCCAGGAGAGAUUGCACAAAGCCUUCCUCUGCUGCCUGCGCCUGCCAGCUCCGGGGGUGCAGAGUCCAGACAGGGCUGGGGAGAACAACGGGCAGGGUUCACACCCCGAAGCCAAGACCCCUGGAAAGGACCAGGCAGAUUUGCCCCGAGCAGCUUUUCGGCUGCGGGAAGGGGCCACGGCUGCCAUCGGCCCCCACAUCUUCAGCACUGAGGACGAGGACUCCCCGGCAGAGGAGGUCACCUACUCCAUCCAGCCCCCGGCCAACGGGAAGGUCGUGCUGAAGUCAGCGCCCGGCGCCGAGGUCCGGCGCUUCACCCAGGCCCAGAUAAACAACGGCCUCAUCCUCUUCGUGCACCAAGGGCCCCUGGAUGGGGGCUUCGCCUUCGACCUGUGGGAUGGGGAGAACCUGUCUCCCGGGCACUUCUUCCUCGUCAGGGCCCAGAGAGAGCCGCUCAUCAGCCUGGCCAAGAAGCAGAGCCUCACUGUCUGCCCAGGCUACCCCCACGCCACAGACCCCUCCAUCCUGCUUGCUGCCGAAGGCAAGAGCCAAGUGGACAAUGGGUUGAUUUUCUACCAGCACGAGAUGCCAGAGAAGCCCUUCUGGCUCGCCCAAGAUGCCAUACGUUUCCGUGUGGUCACUCCCACGACCAUCUCGGAUUCCUUCAUCCUUCUCGUGCUGAUCUCCUUCGAGGCCAGGUGUCCCCAGCGAUUGACUCAGCUAUGGAGAAAUGCAGGUCUCCAGCUCGCAAGGGCUCAACGGGCUGAGAUCAACACCUUGGUGCUGGAUGCUUCCAACCUCCUAAGCCAAAUCCCGGUCCCCGAGAGGUCUGCGUACGAUGUCGUCUUCCUGGUGACGGUGCUGCCGGCUCAUGGGCAGCUCUCGGUGGGUGGCACGGCCCUGGAGCGGUCACAGCCUUUCUUCCUGCAGUCAGACCUGGCUGCAGGGCGCCUGGCAUAUGCCCAUGAUGAGGACGGCAUCUCUGAGGACCGCUUCAGAUUUAAGGCUUGGCUCCGGCCCCGGGCGCAGCAGUUGAUCCGUCCUCCGCAGGAAGGGGUGGUCAUCUCUGAAGCUUUCAAUAUAACGGUGACCAGCAGCGAGCCGUCGCGGGUGGUGAGGCAGCAAGAAGUGCUGCGGGUCCCACUGGGCUCUGUGGUGACCUUGUCGCAGAAAUACCUGGAUGUGGCAGACCCAUCAGGUUCCCCAGAGGAGAUGGUGUACAGUGUCCUCCAGAGACCCCUCACUGGCCACCUGGCCAACGUACACAACCCACAGGAGCCCAUCAACCGCUUCACCCAAGCGGAGGUCAACGCAGGCCACGUGGUGUUUGUUACCACCGGGAGCCGUGCCCCGGGGUCCUUAGCCCUGAGCUUCUCCGAUGGCCACCACCCGCCCACCUUGACCUCGCUGGAGGUGGAGGUGCUGCCUGCAGCGAGCACCGCUGCCAGCCCGGUGCUGCUGGAGGUGCCCCAAGACCUGAACAGGGCCUCUGUGUCCCACCACCACCUCCUGGGAGCUGCACAGCCCGGGGCCGGCAAUGCCCUGUACAGGAUCACCAGGGACCCAAGGUUUGGCCAAGUGCAGGUCAACCAAAAGCCAGUGUGGGGCUUCUCGCAGAAGCAGCUGGACCGCGGGGAGGUGACAUUCACCUUCACCGACCUCACCUCUCCCGAGGAUGACUUCCAGUUCCUCGCCAUGUCGCGGGCAGCAAACAGGACCGGGAUAGUGAACGUGACCAUCCGUGCCGCAGUGAAGGCUCGGCAGGGCAGCGUGUGGCCCAGGGGCACCACAGCCAUCCUGGACACCAGCAUCCUUGACGCCAGCGAGCUGGCCAACCGCACCAGGAGCAUCCCAGUCUUCAAGAUCCGCAGGGCGCCCCGUGCCUGCCGUCUCAUCCGCAGGGCGCCCCGUGCCUGCCGUCUCGUGAGGGUCUCCAGGGACCCAGGACAACCCACCACCCUGAUCGAGAAGUUCAGCCAGAGCGAGCUGGAGCAAGGGCUGGUUGGGCUGGAGGUGCUGGAUGCCAGGGAGCCGGGGUACAGCAUUGAGCCCUACAAUGCCUCAAAAGCCUAUGGCGUCACCCUGCUGACAGCCCCCCUGGCACCCUUGCCCCAGGGCACGGAGCGGAGCAGCCCCAACGCCAGCGAGAUGGGGAUGCUCCCCACCGCCUGGCUGGGUGCCGGUGCAACUACCAGCCCCAGCCCCGAAGAGGGGGGCACCUUCCUCAGCUUCGUCGAGGCCAACAUGUUCAGCAUCAUCAUCCCCAUCUGCCUCAUCUUCCUCCUGCUGGCUCUCAUCCUGCCCCUGCUCUUCUACCUGCACAAGCGCAACAAGACGGGGAAGCACCACGUCCAGGGCACCCCCGCCUCCAAGGCCAAGAACGGGGCCGUGUCGGACCAGGAGACCUUCCGGAGGACGGACCCCAACCAAGGCAUCCCCCUCAUGACUGUCAAUGCCCUGGAGGGCAAGGGCACGGGUCCCCCACCCCAAGGCACGGGUCCCGGGGCGCCGCCAGACCCCGAGCUCCUCCAGUACUGCCGGAAUUCCAAC